AUGCUCGUCGGCGCGAAUAAUUUCCACUACGCGUACGCGUCCAUCAGAGAUGAAGGCGCGAAUUGCCCGGUGUUGAUUUACGUCUCGACCGCGGAAGUUGACGCGUUGUGCGCGUUUAGGACGUUGAAGAUGAUGCUGAAGAGCGACCACGUGGCGUUCAGCGCGUACCCGGUGAGCGAGUACGACGAGCUACAGCGCCUGGGGGCGGAGAUCCCGGACGACGGGUUGCAGCGGGCGAUUGUGUUGAUCAAUUGCGGAGGGACGGAGGACGUUCGAGCGGUGAUGGGGUUGAGAAAGGGGGCGCGGGCGUACGUGUUCGAUUCGCACAGGCCGUUGGACUUAGUGAACGUGAGCGCAGAUAAUCAGGACGUUCUCGUGAUGCGAGACGACAAGGAAGGGGAGGAGUCGUUUCCAGAGCCGCACUCGGACGAUAGCGACAGCGAUGACUCCAGCGAUGACGACGAAGGUCCAGAGUCGCCUAGGACGCGUCGAGUGCGGAGGCAAGAGCGCGCACGGGAUCGCGCGGCGUAUUACGCUCGAGGGUCCUUCUACGGUCGAGCGUCCGGGAUUAUAAUGCACGAUAUAGCGUACAAAUUGAACAAGGAUAGGCUGGAGAAUUAUUUACCGCUGUGGUUGGCGGUGGUGUCUAUGACGGAUCAAUAUUUGCACCAGCGUCUGUCGCAUGAGAUGUACACGUCGUGCGUGAUGGAGCUUGCAACGCGCGUGAGCGCCAUGUCGAACGCGGAUCAACCGAUGACGCGGUAUUUAGAAGACGGUACUGUCGUAAACGCAUUCUCCGAGCGUCGUUUACAGUACAACGAGGAGUUCAGAUUUAUGCUUCUUCGACACUGGACGCUGUACGAUUCCAUGCUGCACAGCAACUACGUCGCAACGGCUUUACAAACGUGGACGGAGAGGGGCCGUGCGAAUCUCAACUCUCUCUUCGCCCACGUGGGGAUUUCACUGGACGUGGCGAAGCAGAAAUACAAGCACAUGGAGCCUGAGAAGAUGAAACAGUUUGAAGAGAGAUUGGAGCAGUACGGAUCGUCACACGGAUUGGACAACGUCAAGUUCUGGUCGUUCCAGUACUCGCACGGUUAUUCCGUCAAGGUGUGCGCCGCGGAUGUCGUCUACGGCGCGACGGCUUUGCUGGAGGGAUUGGGCGAAUCGGGGGAGGGAGACGGGAGCGCCGCCGAUAAUUUUUGGCGCGCAGCGCAGGCGUUAUCGUUGGGUAACUGGGAAGAGAUGGAAUCCGGGAUCGGGCACGCCAUUCGACUGCAACAAGCCGUCAUGCGUCAGGGUAGCGUCGCGCUCUCGUCCUCGGCGCACAUUCGCACGACAGGGAGCUUGAGGUGCUACAACCUUCUCGAUCACGGUUCGCCGGCGGAUGUCAAGCUUUUCACCCAUCCUCUCUCUCUUCUGAAACUUGCGCUGUUCAUCCAAGACGCCCUGAGACUGACUAGAAACAGAAUUCGGCCUCUUGUCGUCAUUGGUCCGUCUUCGGAAGAUGAUUCGUUCGCCUUGAUCGUCGGCGUCACGGCAAAGCCAAACACAGACGACACCUCCGGUGGAAACUUUUUUACCUACUCCUUCAAGUUGGCCGCCGAGAGAAUCAACGCUCGUUUCAAGCACGGCUCUUUCGAGGCGUCGAUCAUUCAAGUGGCGAAGCGUGACUUGGGUCAAUUCAUUGAGGCACUGUCGGAUAUAGACGCAGAGCGCCUUGCGCGCCUUAGAGCGAGUGCGGACUGA